GUUAGUUUGAGGUUGAUCAACCAUCAGACAAAGAUAUCCUGAGGCACGCAGGUUGAACGUUGAACCUCUAUCUACACUGCCUGUGGGAGGCUGGAUCAACCUGAAUCAGUAACCACACAGUGCUCACAUCGUUACUACAAAUAGCAUGGUAGGGCCCCUGCAGUGAAGACAAUCAUUUCUUCGUGUAUGGAGCUGGUCGAUACGUUCGUGGUGAUGCACACCGGUGAUGUCGAAGUGACGAGGAGCGCUAUGACGCACAACGACGUCUAUAACUUAGAGUCUACUGAGUCGAACUAAGCAGCCAAAAAGUAACCUAUAUAUGGCUGAUGCAUUCGUCAAAUCUUACUGCUAAUUUUCGACACACUUUGACUUCAUUCUCUUCUGCAUGAAGGAGAUAAUCUAUAUACAGGCGGGAAACCUCUCGAACCAUAUCGGGUCUCAUUUUUGGAAUACUCAAGAAAGUUACUUUACCUACGGCGAAGAAGACUCUGUCGUGGAUCAUGACAUAUCGUUCAGAGAAGGGCGGAAUCUGAAAGGAGAACCCACGUUUUGUCCUAGGCUACUGCUCUUCGACCGUAAAGCGAAUUUUGGAGCUCUCACGUCGGGUCUGUACGGUGAAGGAGAGGACACUGGUGAAGGAGAGGACACUGAUGAAGCUCCCGGGAAAUGGAAUGGUGAUGUCGUUGAAUAUCGCCAAGAACGUAUACCAAAAAGCUCUUAUCAGGAACGUCUUGAUGAAGAAGCAGAAUUAAUGGACUCAGAACCUACUGCUGAUGCCGGUAGAAAUAGGGCCAAGAAUAACCAUAACAUUCGGUACUGGUCCGAUUACGACCGGGUAUUCUACCAUCCACGCUCCCUGCAUCGACUCCCGGACGUCCCAGACUACGAGAAUACAGAGGGAGACUGGAUGGGUGGACAAGAAACAUUCACCAGAUACAAUGAAGAACAUGAUGUCAUGGAAGAAUCGUUUAGGCUGUUUGUCGAGGAGUGCGACUAUCUACAGGGAAUUCAAGUCACAAACGAAAGCAGCUCUUUCGGCGGCUUUACCCAUGCGUUUCUACUUGCUUUCCGUGAAGAAUUUCCAAAAUUACCCAGUAUCACAUUCUCCCUGCUUUCGUCUGCAACGCCUUCUUCAAUCGAGGCAGAUGAUGAUUUUGGAUUACGGAGAGUUCUCGGCGACGCACUGGGGCUCCAAGGAUUGAAAGAACUUUCGACAAUGACGAUUCCGAUCCAGUCCCCUUCUUCUUGGUCUCCAGGUCCUUGGCUGGAGGACCUGGCACUUGAUCGUCACAGCUAUUACCAUACAUCAGCCCUUUUCUCUUCACAUAUCGAGACAGCAACCCUUCCUCUCAGAUUGAAAGAAGGGCAGGAGGACACUAGCAAACUAUGCUCUAUCUUGAGCUGGGAAACUGACGCGCGAUUUGCUCACCUGGGCGGCAUCUUCCCGCUCUCCGAUUCUUUUGACUUCCGGCGGGAUGUAGGAAAGAAUUUGUAUGACUUCUCAGCAUUGCCUCAGGCAACCGUGACCGAUAGCGAUCGGGAUGUCUUUUCUCGAAUUGAUGUCUCACGAGGGUUCUCACCAUCUCAUACUUCGUCUUAUCAGUCAUGGCUUGAGACGCAAAGGCUGCAAAUUCGCAGGUCCGUACUUGACAUUUUCAGAAUGAUGAUAUAUUCAACAGCAGUCUGCAGCUUUCAAGCACCCGCGAUACCACUCCCUUCGUCAUUCCCCUCCUUCUUUACAUCUUUGCCCACUCGACCACCAUCAUGCACGGCAUUGUCGUCACUUUCGACUACAAAACGAACUUCGAUCCUAUUCUCCCGGUAUGCAUCGCAAGUGGAUGAAUGCAUCAAGCGACGCCGAGAUAUGAUUCAGCGUAUGGGACUGGAAAUAGAUGAUGUCAAGUCGCUGAGGGACGAGCUAUGGGUUCUAGAAGAUGAGUUCAAAGGUGGUGAAAGUGUGCUUAAUGUCGAGAUGGAUGAGGACGAGAAUUAACACAUUCUCGGGAGUCCAUGCAAGGCGGUAUCGUGCAUUGAUCAUUGACCUUCGAGCCCUGAUGCACGCUUCUUUCAAGGUAACACAAUGCCAUAGGAAUUAUGUCUGCAAUAACGGUAUCAUUUUGUCACAAUAUAACAGCAGGAUCCGUAUAUUUCAUACUCCGUGAAGCAAGUAGAAGAAUCCGAUCGUGAGCCAAAAGACAGUGCAAGAGUGGCCUAGAAGAAGAAUAAUCGAGGCGGAGCAUUCAUCUUGAUCUCUACCUGAGACCCAGCCACAACCGUCAGGUUCUCAUCAUGCUCCGCAAGCUUCUCAUUCCACCAUCGUAUGUUCUCCUUAGCCUCGAUAUCAUUAGCGGCGAGAGGAGGAAAGUCCAUGAAACGUUUCCCGUCGCUCGAAGGGAUGGACCAUGACUGAACCAUGUUCGCUGGGCGCGCGGGUCGCACAAAGUUGAGG